GUUUCCGGUAGCGACAUGUUGCGGUUGUGUUGUCUGCUGUGAAUUUCGCGUUGUUUUUUAAGCUUUCGUUGUUUCGUAAACAUAUCGUUAACGUUGAAUACUACAAGUCCGCUUCUGGAAAUGUAACGUUUUAGACAUCGCGUGCCAGCUUUAAAAACCCAUAACAUGGCUGCCGUUUACCUGAAAUCGCUAUUUGAGUCUGUGUAUCGGCGCCGGUUCUUCAGGCUGGGGGUCCCGUUCAUGAUAUUCGUAGUCGGCGGAUCAUUCGGACUCAAACACUUCACGUCGCUUCGGUACGAGUUUAGGGCCACCAAGAUCACACAAGAAGACGCAGAAAAAGAAGGAAUCAAAAUGAAGGCUCCUGGAGAGGUCACUACAGAAUCGGUCUACGAGAAGAUCCAAGAGAUCGACAUCGACAACUGGCAGAACGUCCGCGGUCCGAGGCCCUGGGAAGAUGACAACGCGUACAACAAGCUCCUGGAGGAACGGCAGAAGAACAAGUCCACGUGACACUCGGAUCUCCUAGGAAUGUGUUUUGGAAAUAAAUACUAGUCCAUUGUGGUUUUCUUGCACGCUGGAA